AUUGCAGUGCGCACACGCUUCCUGAUGGAGCUGCUGCGAAGAAUAAAAACACUGGGGUAGCAGGCCAGUUACUUGAGUUAUGAAGAAAGUUGUUUCUACUCAUCUAGUAGAUACGAAGUGACAUGUUCCGCUAUGGACGCUAUUUCUUGGUUUUCCGUACAGAAAUAGUGGAAAAUAUCAACAUAUCAGGCACUAGUGACAACUCAACUGCAAAAGGGUUAGGUUGUCCGGUAAUACGUCCUGAUAGCUAGCGAUAGCAAUAAGGCUAGCCACGUAACGGAAGCUGGCUAGUGAAUGCGUUGUAAUAUAGGCCUUUGCUAGUCUGUUUUUACUUGUAAUAGUAGCGUUAAUAUGGAAAUGGUGGGCUGUGUUCAGGAUCUGAACUCUAGUGUCAAACCGUAGCUUAGCUUUUGCCAAAACGUAACUUUAAAACGUUCUUUCAAUGAGUACGUACGUUUUUCUCCAAGCCAGUUCUUCGUUUACGUUUCGUAAAAUAGCGUUACCUUGUUAGCCAGCUAAGUGAGUGUAUCAUGUAAUUUGAUAUUUUUUAAAUAUAAUUAUGCUUCGUUUGAGUAUCUGUUAGCUAGUUCUAUAUUAUGUUUCUAAGUAAGUGUCCUAGGUAACGACACGCUCUGUCCGUGCAAUCAUUUUCGCGAUAUGACUGAAUGGGCAUUCACACGAUGGCUAAUAUUAUUAAUUAUUUGUCUUCAAUAUGCUUUCAUUUUAGUAAAUUACUAGCUGACAGCUAGCUAGUAAUGUCUCUAGCAUUAUCGCCGUCCGACAUGCUUGAAACACCUCCUGGAUAUCCAUUUGAAGAAAUAAACUAUGAAGAUAUUGAAGUUGAGGAGGUGGUGGGGAGAGGAGCAUUUGGUGUUGUCUGCAAAGCCAAAUGGAAAGGCAAAGAUGUUGCAAUCAAGACAAUUGAAAGUGAAUCAGAGAGGAAGGCUUUUAUUGUUGAGCUUCGUCAGCUGUCACGUGUGAAUCACCCCAACAUUGUGAAGUUGUAUGGUUCUUGCAAUAAUCCAGUCUGCCUUGUUAUGGAAUAUGCUGAAGGAGGCUCAUUAUAUAAUGUGCUGCAUGGUGUUGAACCGCUUCCCUAUUACACUGCCUCCCAUGCCAUGAGCUGGUGUUUACAGUGCUCCCAAGGCGUCGCCUAUCUCCAUAGCAUGAAACCAAAGGCUCUUAUUCACAGGGACCUCAAGCCACCCAAUCUUCUUCUAGUGGCAGGCGGCACUGUUCUGAAGAUAUGUGACUUUGGAACGGCUUGUGACAUUCAGACACACAUGACCAACAACAAAGGAAGUGCAGCAUGGAUGGCCCCAGAGGUAUUUGAAGGAAGUAAUUACAGUGAGAAGUGUGAUGUGUUUAGCUGGGGCAUCAUUCUCUGGGAGGUGAUUACUCGCAGAAAGCCAUUUGAUGAAAUUGGAGGACCAGCGUUUCGCAUUAUGUGGGCUGUACACAAUGGUACAAGACCCCCUUUAAUCAAAUAUUUGCCCAAGCCCAUUGAGAGUCUUAUGACUCGCUGUUGGUCUAAAGACCCCUCUCAGCGGCCUUCGAUGGAGGAGAUAGUAAAGAUCAUGACCCAUCUAAUGAGGUAUUUUCCAGGAUAUGAUGAGCCCCUUCAAUAUCCAUACCAAUAUUUAGAUGAAGGACAGAGCAACUCUGCAACUAGUACAGGUUCAUGUGUGGAAUACACAGGCACCAGCACAAGUGAUGCAAAUGUGGAGCACAGUGAUUCUCAGGGGAGCAAUGACACUAUCAAGGUCACGCCUCAGUUUGCACAUCAUUUUAAACCACAGGGAGACCCAAUGAAGACUUUGCCGCUUUCCAGAGGGGGCAGCGUAGAGAGUCUUCCGGCACGCACACAGUGUCCGGCAACAUCUGACAGCAAAAGACUGAGUGCAGACCUUUCAGAGCUAGAGCCCAAAAUCCCAUUUGCACCUACAGCAGGCCUUCAAUAUAAAAGAGGCCACCGUAAAACUGCAUCAUUUGGCACCAUUCUGGAUGUCCCCAAGAUCGUCGUCACAGCCACAUGUGAGCCACAAAGACGUCGUUCUGUGCAGGACCUUCCAGGCAUUGGCACAGAGCCCAGCCAUGGGAGCAGAAAUAGUAGCCGUUCUUCCAGUCCUAGCGUGAGAAUCAUGCCUCCUGAUAAGGCGAGCAGCAGAGGUUACUUCUCCCCGGAUGACACAGACACCAAUGAUUUGGACAACUCCAUUCCCAUGGCUUAUCUUACCUUGGAUCACCAGCUACAGCCUCUUGCUCCUUGUCCCAACUCUAAAGAGUCCAUGGCUGUCUUUGAACAGCACUGCAAGAUGGCCCAAGAAUAUCUCAAAGUGCAAACGGAGAUUGCCCUGCUUAACCAGAGAAAGAAGGAGCUCAUUGCUGAACUGGACCAAGAUGAGAAGGACCAGCAGAACACAUCCCGUCUGGUUCAGGAGCACAAAAAGCUACUGGAGGAGAACAAAAGUCUGUCCACAUACUACCAGAAAUGCAAGAAACAACUGGAGCUGAUUCGGGUUCAGCAACAAAAGAGACCGGGCACGUCAUGAUAAAGCAAAGACAUAUGAACUGCUACGAUCCUCCUCCUAUUUAUGCACUAUAACACUACAAACUGUCACACUCCAACACACACACACAUAUACACAGUUUGUUUCAAGUCUAGCUUUGUGAAGAGACCUGCAGUCUACUGUGUCCUGCAUGAUAACCCGUUUAGACCCUAUUUUUCUGCCCACAGGAAGAUGCAUUCUGUACAUAAAUUGCACAUCGUGUUUUGUGACGGCAGACCAAACUGCACCUUUACUAUCUACAGCUUUCUCAACCGACUCUUUGCUGCUGUGCUUCUGGGUAGACUUUUCUUCAGCAGCUGUGUUCAUGGUGUGUGAACAGUCUGGCAGGCCAGUGAGUAUGGGUUGGGUGUUUGUGUGUGUUUGCUCUCAGGUCCUCUGGUCAGUGUGUGUCCACUCUGCUACAGCUGGCAGCACCACACUAUCCUCCAGAAUGUGAAGGUAGGCUUUUAGCAAAAAGCUUUAAUCAUAUGCAGACAUUUAAGAGAAACUGUAUUGUAUUACAUGUGACUGUAUUACAAUGCAUAUAUGGAGUCCCUGUUAUGCAAAAAAUUGUACUUCUAUCAUUGUGAAGACACUCAAUCAUAGUACAUUCCCUGUCCUCUUAGAGUAACAUUAAAGGCUAAUUGCAGUUGUGACCUGCAGAGCAAGUCUUAAACCUCAUAAAUCCCUUUGAAGGUACAUCAGAAAGUGAAACCUGGUUAAAUUGUCAUCAAUCAAACUGUUCCUCAGAAAAAUUGGCAUGAAUAAGCUCAUAACUUAAAUCUAACCUGUCCCUUUGCACAGGCAUGAAUCCUUUAGUAGCUCACCAUACAAAUACCUGUAUUUUUCAUUGAAGUGAUUUGUUCAGUUCACAGAUGAAUGUGCUGUAUCAAAAUUUACAGUACAAUGAUGUGAUUCUCUGGCUCUCAAAUAGACUCCACCAAGAGCUAUUGGUCCACAUUUUAUUUGACUUCAGGAUCGUUUUGUGUGUAAAUGUUUUUGUGAUAGCUCUUAUGUCAUUUUUUAGUUGUUGUUUUGUUAUCUGGUCUGGCUAUGCCCUUAUGGACAAAACAGAACAGAUAUCUCUCCAUGCAAUAUCUAGUUUGUUUUUAGUUCACAUGUUGCCUUAGGAGUUGCCCUAAUUAAAAAAGUGCUUGUUUAAUGUUACAUUUUUGGGGUAAAAUCAGAAAAAAAAAGAUAUUUUUAUCUUUUUUUAAUACAUAUUCAAAUAAGCAUUCAAUCUGAAAUCACUUUGUGUUGUAAAGAUUUAAUUUCUCAUUUAAGUAAUUAUGUUUUUAAAAAACUGUAUGGUAAAAACGUUAGUUGGAUUUACUAUACACUUGCUGUUUCUCCAAAUGUUUUGGAAAUUGGCUGUAUGACAGUGAACAAUGAGCUAUUAAAUCAAAUGAAUUUGUGA